UCGGGUCUACUACGGGCAGAGAGCAUCGCGGAGAAGACAGUUAGAGUUGAGCCCGUGGGAAGAACAGACUAUGUCGCUCCGACGCUCUCAUACGGUGCGGUAAUGUUGGUCCGAAUGCAUUCAAGACUGAACACAAGUCCCUUCCUUGUGUCGGAAUGUCUCUUAGGACAUUUCCCCUGACUUCGAAAUAGUGUGCCAAUCAAAAUGAGUUGUAAAGCGACGAGGAGGUAUGGCAGGGCGGCGGCGGUGGCAUUGUGCCGAAUUUCUGUGCUGGCUUCCUUGUGGAGUUACGCCCUCGCCAACCGUUACGGUGACGGAGGCGAGUGCGAGAGUCAAGCCCUUAGUUCGAGUGACAGAGAGCGAAUUCUCACUUGUUCCCUUAAGACCCUCGACGAGGACGUGAGAGUGGCCAAUUUGACCAGUGUGUCGGUGGAAAAUGUUGUCCGACUGACAGUCGUUUGCAACGAAGUGUAUCACUUUGAGAGUGUGCUGAAAUCUACUAGUUUGUCUGGCUUUCAGAGAGUGAAAGAGUUCAACGUAGAGUUUUGCAAAAUUAGUGAACUCGAUGAAAAUGCAUUUGUGAACCUCAGAAAUUUAAGAAACUUGACUCUUCGGACUCGAAAUUCCGACUGGCCCGUGAUGAGUCUGACUGCCAACUCGGAAGUGUUCCGUCCAUUACAUCAACUCGAGAGGUUAGAUUUAAGCAUGAAUAAUAUUUGGGAGCUUCCAGCGGGGGCUUUCUGCCACUUAGCCAGCCUGAAGUUCCUUAACCUAAGUCAUAACCACCUCCAGGCCAUCACGCAGCUGGGGUUUGGGCAAAACGCUGCUGCAUCAAUAGACAGGGCAUCGUCAUCGGGUGCCCUGGCGUCUUGUAGGUCAGACAUCAGCUCUCUCGACCUGUCGAGCAACGAUGUUACGGUGUUAGUGUCUGGAUCCUUGCAAGGCCUAACCCACCUGCAGCACCUUUUCUUACAAAACAACGAACUGGGGAAGAUAGACGACAAUGCCUUCUACGGCCUGGGCAGCCUCCGGACGCUUGACAUUUCCGACAACCAGUUAGUUGCGUUGCCCGAGGACGCUUUCCUUCACACCCCUGGGCUUAUGAACUGUCGAGCUCGAAACAACUCUUUGUCUGUCUUGGGGCCAGGCCUCUUCCGCGGCCUCGACCAGUUGGUGGAACUCGAUCUUUCUCACAACGAAUUGAAGUCCGAGUGGUUAACCUCCACGAUCUUCCAGGGGCUUAUUCGCCUUAUGCUGCUGGAUCUGUCUCACAACAAGAUUUCCCAGCUGAACCAACAGGUCUUUCGUGAUCUCUACAGUGUGCAGGUGCUAAGACUCUCCCACAACCAGCUGCAAACUAUCCCAGCUGCAGCUUUUGCUGCCUGCGUUAACCUCCACACCCUGGACCUUUCCUACAACCAGCUGACCAACAUUCCUGACAGAGCUUUCCAGGGUCUGAAUGUUUUGAGUUUUUUGGCUUUGGAUAAUAACCAGAUCAGCAAUGUGGGUGUGGCUUCAUUAACGAACCUGACCAGUUUGGAGGAUCUCAAUCUCAAUGGAAAUCAGCUCACAGUCAUUCCCCAAGCCAUCGGUCGCCUGCGGUACCUCAAAACACUGGAUCUAGGAGAAAAUCAAAUUGCAUCUUUGGAUAACAUGCCCGUGAAGGGGCUCGAGUUUUUGUAUGGGCUGAGACUCGCCAGCAAUAAAAUCAGUGGUAAUGUGUCUAAAAACACGUUUAGUAAUAUACCAUCUCUUAAAAUACUAAAUUUGGCAAAAAAUGGCAUCACUGGCAUAGAAAGCAAUGCCUUUGAAAAUAACCUGAAUUUGCAAGCAGUGAGAAUCGAUGCCAACAUGUUGUCAAGUAUGAAUAACCUGUUUGAGAAUUUGCCAAAAUUGUUGUGGUUGAAUGUGUCCGAUAACCAAAUUGAAACGUUCGAUUAUCAUUUUGUGUCUGUAAGCUUACAGUGGUUAGAUUUGCAUAAAAAUAAAAUCAGUCAAUUAGGAAAUUUUAUGGAACGCCAUGAUCUAAAUCUCCAAACUAUUGAUGCCAGUCAUAAUAAAUUAGAAUAUAUAAGUAGCAUUCAAAUUCCCGAUAGUGUUCAGUUGUUGUUCCUUAAUGAUAACAAGAUAUCUGUUGUGGAACCUUUUACCUUCUUUAAAAAAGUGAACCUGACUCGUGUGGAUCUUUACGCCAAUCAAUUGUCUAAAAUGGAUAUGUCUGCUUUGAGAUUAACGAAAUUGCCCCCUGAGAAGUCUCUCCCAGAGUUUUACCUCGGGGGCAACCCCUUCGUGUGCGACUGCAACAUGGAAUGGCUCCAGAGGAUUAACGGACUGGAACACGAACGCCAGAACCCCAAAAUCAUGGAUCUUCAGAGCAUCUACUGUCAGAUGCCCUUUGCUCGCACUGGGGCCUUCAAGGCUCUUGUGGAGGUCAACCCAUCCCAGUUCCUCUGCCAGUAUGAAACUCAUUGCUUCGCCCUGUGCCACUGCUGUGAGUUCGAUGCGUGUGAUUGUGAAAUGACGUGUCCCGACGGUUGUGGGUGUUACCACGAUCAGUCGUGGAGGUCGAAUAUUGUUGAUUGUUCGAUGCAAGACGUGCAACAGGUACCCGAUCGCAUCCCCAUGGAUGCCACACAGGUGUAUCUUGAUGGCAAUGAUCUGAAGAACCUCUCCUCUCAUUCGUUCAUAGGGAGGAAGCACUUGCAGAUCCUCUAUCUCAAUGGCUCCAAUGUGAAAAGUGUGGAUAACGAAACCUUCAGUGGGCUAACCAGGCUGAUAGCAUUGCACCUUCAGGAUAACCUGCUGGAGGCCUUGCGGGGCAAUGAGUUUCAAGGGCUUGAGAUUGUACGGGAGCUGUACCUUCACAACAACAAAUUACGGUAUGUCCACCAGCAUACUUUUGCAACUCUUUCUCACCUGGAAGUACUGACACUUCACCAUAAUCAUUUGAUUAACUUUCCCGUUUGGCGUCUUGUUGAUAACCCUUAUCUCGGACGUGUUUCUCUCAGUGCCAACCGAUGGUCGUGCCAUUGCCAGUUCAUGGAGUCGUUCGGCAUAUGGCUGAAUGGGAACGAAAGGAAAGUCACAGACAGCCAGGAAAUCAAGUGUUUUAUCGAUGAGUCCGGCAAGCAACCGGGUUCCUCCAUCCUCGAUUUCAACGUGACCACUUGCAUGAACACUACUGCAACGUCGACUGUCAUUCAGCCGAUCGUGUUAGAUAAUUUGUUGCAUCCAGUCCUUGCUACCAUCGUUGCGUUGAUUGUGGUGGUGUCGCUCAUUGUGUGUGUCCUUUAUCGGAGUACUAUACGCGUGUGGAUCUACUCCCACUGUGGCUUCAGGAUGUGCCACAAGGAUACCAACAGUGAAGACCGAGACAAGCUGUUCGAUGCCUUCGUGUCCUACAGCUCGAAGGACGAAGCCUGGGUCAACCAGGUCUUGGCCGGCGAACUGGAGAGGGGCGAACGGCCUUACCGCAUCUGUCUCCACUACAGAGACUUCCCCGUCACGGCCUACAUCGCCGACACCAUCGUGGAGGCCGUGGAGUCGUCCCGCAGGACGAUCAUCGUCCUUUCCAAAAACUUCAUAGAAAACGAGUGGUGUCGAUUCCAGUUCAAAAGUGCUCACCACGAGGUUUUGAAAAAGAGACGGCAGAGACUCAUCGUCAUUGUUCUGGGCGAGAUUCCAGCGCGAGAUCUGGACCCUGACCUCCGCCUCUACCUUAAAACGAACACCUGCAUUUAUGCCAGUGAUAAGUACUUCUGGGAGAAGUUGAGGUUUGCCAUGCCCGACGUCCAGAACAGUCAGAGAGUGGUUCACACGUAUAGCUCCAUUCCGGAGAGAUCUUCCUCCUAUACUAAUAAAUACAGUGUCAACAGUCCGUCCUCGAUGCAUCAAAAUCUUCGCGGGGGUUCGGACACUUACUGGGCUUAGUCAAUGGCCGCAAGGCUUCUUCCUCUUCUUCUUCUUCCUUUUUUUCUCCUAUGAUCAUUUGUCUCAUCUUUAUUUUUGUUUUGUAAUUUUUGUAAAGCUCAAAGGAGAGUUUUAUGCAAGCAAUGGUAUAAAGGAACCUUGCACCGUGGUCCAGUUAAGAGGGCAUGAUUGGCUGUGUGUAGGUUAUUUUAUGUGUUGAUCACCACGAGAUCUAUAUAGCUUUAAAAUUAAGUGAAUUAUUUAUUUGUUAUGACGAGAAAACAAACGAACAUGAACAAGACAUAUUGUUUAUGCAAAAAAACGUUCAAGCCGCAUUACAUAAGAAAAGCAUUAUUUGUAGGAAUUAAAACUUAUCCAACCCCUUUCGUUGUGGAGCACAUAAAUGUUACUAUAUCCUCAACAUUGAUAAUAUACCAUCUAGUCAUAUAUGUAUUAGGUUCGAAGGAAGAAAAAAUGAACUAUGAACUCGACCCAUUUCCUGUGAAACAUGAAACUUAUAGCUAUACAUAUAUAUGGCAGAUGUUUGUGGUCAACCAUGCCUGUUUUUUGUGUAUUUUUUGUCAAGAAAAUAAAAUGAAAUGUUUACACAUUUUGAUUGGCCCCCCUAAGCACGGUCUAAUUGUCAGGUAUAUUCCAGUUUUGAGAACGAAUUGUAAAUGAAUUAUUGUUAGAUUAUUGUCAGGAUGCACUCAAUCAUUCAUGAGUGCCUGAAAUUGAUCUAAUUUUCAUUGUCAUUCAAAUAUACUGCCCCUAUUUUUCCCCUCUGUUUAUGUAAACCUAAAAAAGAAAAACAAUUUUUUUUAUUCAGAUUUUAUUUUGUCUCAGAAUAUCCAAUCCUUUGAUAGUACUGUACUUUUUCGCCAAACGAUUGUGGAUGUUAUGUCAUGUCAUUUGAAUAUUUGGUUUUUUGGUCGUGAAAUGAUUCAACUUGUGUAUUCAUAAGUAUCGUCCUAUCAUCAUAAUAGGCUACAUUUAGAAAAAAAAUUCUCCAAGUUAUAGUCAUUGUCAUUCAGUCUAGUUUUAGUACAUAACUGCAGGAUUUGAUUUAAAAAAUGAUGUACUGGUGUCUGCAAAUUUUAUUUAAAAAUGCUGCUUUACUUAUAUUUAAAAUGCAUGAUUCAGUUUUUUAUAUUACCAUGAAAGUGUGUACUAUUUUAUGCAAAUGAAUUAAAAACUGGUUUUAUAUUCACUUAAAUGCAGAGUAAUUUUUUUUUUCAAGGAAUAGAUUUAAAACUGUUUGCAAAAUUUACUUGAAGUUUGUUUAUUUUGCUUAAAAAAAGUGUUGGUGCCAUUAAUUUCUACAAUAAUUUAGUUGUAAAAAUACUAAUUGAACCGUUCUCUGAUUUAAAAAUGUGUUUUUUUAUGUUUGGUAAAAGAAAUGUGUGAAUAUUAUUUGCUGUUUUAGCUGGAAUUUUUUUCUUUUACAAAAUUUUACGUGUCAAAUGGACGGUUAUUUACAGAUUUACGAAAUGUAUUUUAUACAAUUUCUGUGGGAUGUAGUUGUCAGAAAAUUUAGUUGAUUAAAGUUUCAUUGAAUAUGUGCUGUUAUCAUGAAAUAUGUAGUAUGUACUGAAUAUUUUUAUUUCAUAUUUUUUAUUAUUGUUGCAGUUAUAUAUAUAACAUGGAUAAUUGUGAGAACGUGAGUCAUAAAAGUCAAUAAAAAUAUAAACCAAUCAAUGAGUACGUCAAACGCUUGUCAGCUGCAUCAGUGUUACGUCCAGUUUAUUAAGGAGAAAUAUUACAAAUGUACUGCUGUUUUGUACUGCGCGCGCGCGAGAGAGAGUUUGCCCACUUAAUCUGUGAUAAUACCAAAGUCAUAUACAUCUUAUUUAAACUUGUAAAUAUAUUUUUUUUUACACAGGAUGAUUUUUCUUUUGUAAGAUGUUGUGUGUAUAUAUAUAUAUUGAUGUGUAAAUAAAAUACAAUGGGCAAA